GGUCGCGCAGUAUGUAGCGAUGGAUAAGUUACGAGUCCCUGGCUGAGGUUUUGUUCACAGUUUGAAUGAUUUUCAGUGACUCACUCCACUUUAAUUAUCCUUCUCAAUGGACGAUACUUUAAGUGAAUUUAUUGAAAAAACUGGGACAGAUCCUAGCUUGGCGAGAGACCUUCUUGAGAGCACAAACUGGAAUGUGGAGGAAGCGUUGAGUGCAUUUGAAACUCUGUCUUUAGGAUCGUCUGCUAGCAGCCACAAUGAAGUUCCGAAGCGCGUCAAACCUUUUCCGAGUGGAAAAGCUGGAAGGGGUCUUUCGAUGGUCAAUGCAGACAUUGUUGGUGAAGCAAGACAUAAAGUUAUUGAAGACAAAGUACCAGGAACCGAUGAGAGAUAUGAAGGGUUCGAAGGAAUGUCCGACUUCACGUUUGUGCUGCCGGAUUUGUCUAACUACUCUGAGGACUUGAGCGAUUUCCUGAGAAGAGAUUUAAUUGAAACCUCUGUUCUUGUCGCUCUCGAACAAGCAGGUAAGAUAAUGAAAGAAUUUAUGCUUUGUCUAUUUCAGGACGAAUAAGCUUUUGUAUAUCUUUGUCCAAGCUUAAAAUAUUUAUAAGCCCGUAAUAAUGCUGCACUGUUCUUGUUUUCAUUUUUUUCAUUUUUUUUUAUUGAAGUUCAGUCACCUUAACUGCAUUUCUUAAUUGUCAACUAACGAUCACCCCACCAAAGCUACCACUUUUUUUGUUUUAGCAAGUAAAUUUUAGUUGUUUGUUUGGUUCUUUUUCAAAUAACAUAUAACUUUUCUACAACAACUAUCUUUCUAACUCUACAAAGGCCACUCAAAAUAUAAAGUGGCCACCGGACCCGGUUGUUCGAAAGGUGGAUAAUGCUAUCCACUGGAUAAAUAAAUAAAUAAUAAAUAAAUAAUGAUUUGGAGGUAGCACAUCCACAAAGUGGUUCUUCGUCUACCUGAUUCCUGGUAGAAUUGGAAUUUGGAAAUGUUGGUUUUUGAGUGGAGGGGAAAACAGGAGUAGUGCUCCUUUUGUACAGGAAUGAGUUCAUCUGGCUGGUUUUAGGGCUCUCUGUAUUUGUUUAGGUGUUGGGAAAAUGUCAUAGUUCAAUGAGUUGUACUUGCGUGAGUUCAUCCUGGUAAUUUGUGAAACUGGAGCAAGAAUUUCAUUCUGGGACAAAAACUUGUACAGUAUCUUGUAAACAAAGAACAACCACUUGUUCCAGUGUAAAAUCAGCUUCCCAGUAGACAGAACUAGGUAGUGCAAAGUCAUGUGUAGUAUUUGAUUGGCAAAACUGUUAGGGCCUAAGAGGAAGGCCUGUUUGUUUUGUAACGAAUGCUUUCUGCUUUGUGCAAAUUUCUACUGUGGGUUUGUUAGGGUAAGCUAAUUUUAUGAGUAAAAUUUAUGCAGUUCUCCAAAUUUAAUGGUUAUGGCCCUCUAUAUGAGGGGAACUGAGUCACAUAAGUGGAGAGAUGAAGAAUCUUUUGAAACUCCAGAGGCACUGUCAGAUUGGUGUCAAGCCACAUAUUAUCUAAUUACCGGUAACAAGAGCUAAUGUAAUAGAUAGCCCUUAUUUAAAAACAAUGGGUAUUGUUAAAAGUUACGUGAGCUUGUGGGGUCAUUUGAAUUUAGCUAACUAAUGUCAAUAAGAAUCUAUAAUCUAAUGAUAUUACAAACAACGUAUAAGAUAAGAGGGUGGCAGGUCCAUCAUUUUUGUAGAAAAAAUAUGUUGCAAAUUACUGUUGUAUAACUAUGUCUUGUGUAAGACAAAGAAAUAUAAUCAUGUACAUCAGAGAUGAAGCUAUGGAAACGCUAGGCAUAGUUGCUUUUUUCUCAAUUUCAAUCUGAGCCAGUCAUAUUAAAGCUCUUUUCAGCUGGUUAAAUUAUCUAGAAGGUGGCUCUUAGCGACAUCCCUGUAUACUGUAAAAUUCCGAAAAUAAGCCCCUCCAAAUAUAAGCCCCCCAAACCAGUGAUGCAAAAAACCCUCUGUUAAAUCGCCCCUCGAAAAUUCCCCGGGGACUUGUACUUGGAAAAUUGCCGUCAAAUACAAAGUAAAACAAAGCAAAAAUGGUAAAUUUAAUUAGAACUAUGAGGCUAGCCCAAUCGAUUUUUGAACGCAAACUUCCCUCCAUAGAUCAGCCCCUCCAAAAAUAAGCCCCUCAAAAAAGGCUUUUGAAAAAUGUAAGCCCGGGGCUUAUUUUCAGAAUAUUACGGUUUGUUACCAGUCAUUGUAAAUUUGUGCUUACUGUUCAUAACUACUUUCCUUUUCUCUUCAGCAGGGAUCAAGCAGAGCUUGGUGGGUGACUAGCACCCUGAUGGGCUCCCUACAAUAUUAUUGCUAUUAUAGCACAACCUUGUGUAUAAUAUUAUUCUUAAGAGUGUUUUUUCUGGUUUCUAGGUCAUUUAAACUGGUGGGCCGAUGCAGGUGUGUGUCGACGUCUUGUUCCCCUAGCAACUGUGGGUGAUGGUAACUGCUUGUUGCAUGCGGCUUCUCUUGGUAUGUGGGGUUUCCACGAUCGUUUAUUAACUCUGCGCAAAGCUUUGUACUGUACUCUCACAAGCCACUUAGCCAAAGGAGCUAUCAAGCGACGCUGGAGACUGGAGCAGUGGCAGAAAAACAUCAAAGCUGGAGGGCUACUUUACUCUGAAGAAGAGUGGGAGAAAGAAUGGUUGGAGGUGUUGCGCAUUGCAUCUACUCAGCGGCGGGAUCAUGAGCACAUAACUACAGAGAAAAAUAAAGAAGGAGAGAACAUUUCAACUCUUGCCUCCAUUUUAGAAAAAUAUGUUGAAAGUGAAGCAUCUGAUGUUCCUGUAAAAGAGGAAUCUAGUCAUUCACCUGCAGAUUGCCAGCAGAAUGAUACCAAAGAUUGUGAUAAAGGUAAUGGAAAAUCAACUGAGCAUGAGAAGCUGUCAGAUAAGGAGGUUGAUGAAGAGGGAAGAGGAGCUUUUGAAAGCCUGGAAGACAUUCAUGUGUUUGUGCUUGCUCAUGUUCUGCGACGACCAAUUAUCAUCAUAGCUGAUCAGUUUUUGUAUGGAUUUGGAGGUGAACCAAUUGCACCCAUUCCAUUUGGAGGAGUGUAUCUCCCUCUAGAAUGUGACCCUCCCUCUUGUCUUAAGAGCCCCUUGGUGCUGGCUUUUGAAUCUGCACACUUUUCUCCUUUGGUUCCCUCUGAUGAAAAAAAUGGGGGUAAAACUAGUUCUUUGAAAGCUGCUGUGCCACUUGUUGGACCAAGUUAUGACUUACUGUCACUUAAAUUUGCUGUUGACCCUGGAGAAGAUUUCUUGUGGAGUAGUUUGGAUGAUAAAGCCACCAUUCCAGAAGAGUUGGAGCUUAGUAUGAAUAAGAAGUUGGAGCUUUUGAAGAAAUACCUAAAUGUGGAGAAUGUGAAACUACCUAAUACAGGCAAGAAAGACAAUCCAGAAGAUAAGAAGACAGCUACAAAGGGUGAGAAAUCCGAAGUGAGCAGUGAUGCAGCAAACAAGCCUGGUAGCAAAUCACCCAUAAAAUCUGCAGAGAAGAAGGAAAAAUCCUGGAUUGCUACACAGAUUAUGAAAGUAGGGACAAUGGCUGGGAUGGUAGGUGGUGUUGUGCACAGUAAUAUUUAUGUGGCAAGGCUUCAAACUGACAAGAAACCAGAGUACUAUGAAAAGAUGAUUGAAAACUAUAUUGAGUCGGCCAAAGAGCGGUUUGAAGAAGAAAAGAAGGUUCAAACUAAGGCAACGAAAGGUGCAGGUAGUUCUGGUGAGAAGCCUCAACCCUGUAUUAACCCAGGUUGUCAGUUGUAUGGAACUUCAGCAACAAAUUACCUUUGUUCAGGCUGUUACAAGACUCAGAAAUCUUACAGUGAAACUGGUCGCUAUCUUGUUGGUGCAGGAUCAUUCAGUGGAAGGGAACCGCAAACAAAUUAUGAUAAUAGUGGUGUGCAAAGUUAUUUGCCGCCUCCGUCAUACUCUGCAUAUGUUCCUUAUGGCUAUUUUGGUGACUACUCCAGAACACAAGGUUCUAAUAUCGAGCAAAAGAAUACUGUUAGAGCACAGCAGCCGACCCAUGUAUCGCUUCCUUCUGGAACUUCUCAUUCAAGUAAAGAGACAGGAAAAGAGCUGCCUUCAUAUGAGGAAGUUAUGAAACUGAGUAAAACCACGGCCUUGAAUUUACCCUCUAGCACAUCUGGUCAUAGUACAGCACAGAGUGAGAGCUCUAGCACCCCGGUGAGGUGUAUUACUGACAACUGUCCAUUCUUUGGUAGUCCUCAAAAUAAGGGAUAUUGUUCUGGGUGCUACAAAACUCAUCAAAAGACAUUGAAGUACAUGAUAGAAGAAAGCGAGAAAUCACAGUCUAAAGUGGUCUGA